UGAACAAAAAUUGCGGCAACGAAUAUCGCUCUCUUCACCACACUUUACUUAAUCCCGACAAUUCACAUUCAUUCAAUUGUUUAAGUUUAACGUGCUAUGACAUAACUAAAUAUUAUUAAUUAUUGCCAAUUCACACUGCCUAAUUUCCUACCAAGUGUAAUUAUUUUUGGGGAAAAUCCACAUCCGACUUGAUAGAACAAUGACAGUGGUUGCUGCAGCUGAGUAAUUUAAUUUUUGUGUUUUUGAUUAGGUAGGAGAGACAUUUACAGUUUAAAGACAGUUUACAAGUGUGGACUUUUGAAGUAAGUGAGUGAAUAGCAGUUGUGGUGCUGGUGGGUGUGGUUGCAAUGAUGAAAGUACUGGAAAAGGGGAGCGACUUCGCGAGCGAGGUUGAGAUCGGCAGCGGAGUGUUGUGGCUGCCGUACAAAAAUAUCCUCCAAAUUGUGAACCGGGCUGUUCAGGACAAUAGCACAGAGGCUUUCACAGAGUUGGACACUUAUGCACAAAAAUGCAAGUCCGAUUUCGUCAAUUUUCUUAAUUAUCGGGGAAAGAGUCCGGCAGAUCGGGAGAUAUUGAAAAAGUCGACGUCUGAUGGGAUUUCCCUCAAUGGACAAGAAGCUCGUCAGAUACUUCAUCCCCAACUCAUUAAUGAGACGUUCCUACUGUCGGAUAUUUUCGAAAUUAAUGAGUUCUUGGCAUUGGACUUGUUGGCAACAGCUGAAUCAUUAAAAGAAGAAUAUCCAGGAUGGGCUCGUGGCCUAAUUGCAGUCUUCCUCUACUACGAAGGUCGCCUGUGCAUGAUUCAAACAAUUUCCUCGAUGGUUAUAGCCAUUCCGGGGAGAACUUGGUCCGAGGAGUCUUGUUUUCCACGAGUCUACGAGAUUUUCAAAAACAUUAUGGGCCACGUAUUCAAGACUGAUAUGAUGGAUACGUUGUUAGACCUAUUUGGAAAAUGUGAUACAAAAGUUCAGCUGGAACUACUGGACAGAAAUUUAGCUUUAGGCGACUGGCGUCACCGUUUUGAAAUCAAUCGAAUGGUCACUGGAAUUCAAGAAGGGAUUGGUUUCAUAAUUUUUGCACUCUCCGCUCAGCAAGAUCUGAUUUGGAAAGAAACACUUCGAAUCUUGGAGUAUUUGAAGACAACCAUAAAAUCGGAUGAAGACUUUAAAAUGGACAAAGGUCAAAGCUUGCUAAUAAGUUCUGUCCUGUGCAGCAUCACCAACCACCUACGUCUUGGCGAUUAUGACCGAAACUUUGCAAGAGACCUUCUCAAAUAUUUAAAAGAUUAUGACAGUAAAACCCCUGAAGAGGGAGGAUUUCAAUGCCCAGAGCUUUUCGAAAUGUUUAGGCUAAUAUUUCAUAUUGCGACGCAUAAAGCUCUCUCUGAAACAAACCUCAAUUCCUUACAUUCUGGUUCUGGCCUAGGAAGCAACUCCGCCGACAUCGUGAGAGACGAUGAAGACUAUGAGUUCAAGAGAGAUGUUUUUGCAUACAUGAGGGAUAAAAUCUUUUCCAACCCUUCUCUUUACACAUUUGAAGAGAACGUUGUGAAAAAAUAUCACCAACUUCUCACCGACUUUCUUACUUUCAUGCCAAUGAAGGUAAAGGAGAUGAAGGGAAGAUCAGAUGAUGCUGCCAAGACUGCUGCAUUAUACCAAAAUCAAGGAUUUGUACGCCCUUCAAGCUUACCUCAAGAGUAUGAAAGCUUCCUGGAGUGCAUUGGAAUGUUUUAUAUACACGACGAGGAAAACCUUAGCACUGAUUUCUUUGACCCGGAUGUACGACACCUCUCACUGAAUAAGUUUGCUCGAGGGACCUGCAUCGAUUCACCUACAAUGUUUGUACCGAACGCAAAGUUCCUGACAGGAUUGGCCAAAGGAGCCCCCGAGGACAUUUUCGAACUGAUGAAACAAAACGGACACAAUUUCUCAUUUGAGCAUUUCUUUGAGUCCAUUAUGCAGUACCUGUCUAGCUUUGGAACUGGGGUACAGGUCAACGUCAGAUUCAAUGGUCCCAACUUAUUUACCAGUGAAACUUUCCAACGAGUCGUGCACGAUUCAGUGAAAAUUCAAAUGAAUCCUGCCGAAGUUGAAGGAAUAUGCGCGUAUCUGGAUCUUGUUAGAAUGAUGUGUGAGAACUCCGUAGUGGUUUCUGGGUUUUUCACUAAUCAGAAACUCCCUUGGAUUCGUAUUUUACUUGAAACUGCCAAAAUAAGAACCAUUCCUCGUGAAAUAAGGGCAAAGAUGAUUAGCACGGCUGCCUCCAUGAUAUUCGAACACACGAGUUGCGAUAUCGUUAAUAACGUUUGGGAGAUGUUUUAUCAAGUCCGUCUCGUUGGGCAGGAUAACGUUGAUCUAAAGGACGAACUUGAUGAACAUGAGGCAAGGAUGGAAGUGUACCCAUUGACUAUAAGCAUGCUGAAGCUGUUGGAGUCAUUGGUCAACGCAAGAUUCAAGAGGAUGGACAAUGACCCGAGUGCUGAUUUAGAGAGCGGAAGUUUGGACAACGGAGCCUUUGAUGCGUACGUGUCCUACAUUCGUGACACCGUUUUGAUGCGAGCCAUGUACCGGUCUUACAAAAAUAUGGAUGAGAGAUGGGAGAUAUCUGCGUUUGCGUUGGAAAUCUUAUCCAAAUUACUUGACUAUGUUCCCCAACUUAUGCUCCAACUAUUAUGUGGCUCACCAUUUUUACGCUCGAUUUUUGCAACUUUGUCAGAAUGCAUUACAGCUCGUGAGUCUUCUCCAGACGUUUUGCCCUCGGUAGAUCGCUGUUCCUUAGCCUGCUUAAAUCUUGUGCGUCGAGCCAUGCACCGGCAGGUUUAUUUCUUGCACCGAAGAGAAUUGAGUUCAAUUAGGAAGGAAUCCGUGAUUGUAGGAAUGCAAGAGCUCCUCAUGAAAAUUGUCCCAGAAAAUGGAAAACCAGAAAACAUUAUUUCUAUUUUGAAAUAUAUAGACACCUUACUCCCCGCAGACCAUAAACAAGCAGCGUUGGAUAUCCUUUCGUUAACUUUAGCUGAUCGCGAUGAUAUUGACGCUCACUUGUACGCAGCAGUGAUCACCGAUACCAACCUAGUUUCCCUGCUGCGCUACAUGUUCAUUAAUUCCUUAUAUGAGCCUGCAUCAGAGGAGAUGAAGAAGACAAUUCUUGAAAUUAUUCGAGCUAGUGUUGGGCACUCAUCACCAAACAUCGCAAUGAUGUUGUUAGGAGUUGAUAAGAAAAUUGAUUUUCAAAAUGCAGGUGUGUCUGGCUAUCCUCGAACUGUACUUCACGCAAUUCUCGACAAUGCUGCCACUUUACCGGACGCAUUUGCAACUUUGCUUACUAUGAUUCGAGAUUGCAGACUCUGGGGUCCAUUACUGCGAUACUUAAAAACAAAUCACUUCUUGAGCAAUUUUAUCAAGGAGAAUUUUUCUACCAUAACAAUGGACGCUCAAGACGUCGGAGACUUUUUAAAGUGUGUUGCUGUUGAGUUAAAAACAACAGCUACGCCGGGCCCGCUGGCAAAAACAAUCAUUGGAGAGGGUUCCUUCAAGUUUCAAGAAAUUUUGAAUAUUCUAAACUUGGACGAGGAUCCAUUGGAAAUUCCAGACAUGGAGUUUUUUGAUCAAGAUAAUGUCAUGCAGGCUAUGAAGGCUUGUGAAUAUUUUGACCCGAAGCUAAAAAUUCGCGUGAUUCGAGUUGACAUGCUUGAAAAUCUGUUGAAAGAAGAAAUUUCUAAACUAGAAAAGAAUACGGUUUUGAAGUUACGGCACACGGUUCAUUCAGAAGCAACGGAGGUGGUAAAAUUUGCUGCCGAGUUCAAUACUAGCCGUUGGAAAGAGGCAUCAAAAGCAAACAUGUUUGACGGAUGGAGACAAUGCUUCGAAGUUCUUGUGUUGAGCACGGAAACCUUAAAGCUAGCCGGAGUCGACUUCGUCACCAGUAUCCUUCGAAUCCUCUUAAACAAAGUAACUGGAACGAGUACUCCUCGUGACUACUUUUGUCGAUUGGCUGCUGAAACUGUGUUAACCUUGAGUGCCGUGAUGGGAACUUUCAAGGAUCAAGUAAAUUCUACAACUCUCAAUGUGAUUCUUAACCAUAUUUGCAAAUGGAUUGCGGAAGAACAAUCUGCUCGUGUGCGUACGACUUUGUACGCCGCUGUUCUUCACGUUCUUCGCAUGUUCAAAAGUGUUAAUGACACAGGGAAUACGACUAUCGCUUCAUUUUCCAUGAUUUUAGAACACAUCUGCAAAGACUGUUGCCAAAGUAAAGAAAUCCGUAAAAUGCAGGCAAUGUACAUGAUGGGAGAAAUUAUACGACUGACUGCAGACAAAGGGUUCGUUGGGACCAACUACGGUAAUACUACUGGAAUUGGAUCAAUGAACGCUUCAAUUAACUACGGAGGACGGGAUGAAGGCAGCGGAGACUUUCACGAAUUCUCUACAUUCAAUACAAGUAGUAUAUCCCCCGUUUUGCCAGUCAAACAAUCUUUCCACGUCCACACAGAUUCUCCAAUGCCCAAAAAAGUUAACGCUACAUCCCUUAGGACUACGAGCCCUAGUGCGAGUCCCCUCAACAUCAUGUCCUACAUGUUUGCUAAAGGCUUCUUGGGAAACUUGGUGGAAGAAAUUCUCACCGUAGACGAUAGCGAUCUCGUAAAGCUGUUUUCUAAUCAACCAAUAGAUGUUCACAUGAAGUCACUGUACGUGUUUGAGGCAAAAGUUUCAUUGCUCUGUCGAUUUGCGUCAACUGGUCGCCGAGCCAUAAUGUUUUUAAUGGAUACGAAUGUUGUUCACAAAUUGGCGGACAUGCGAGUUCUUCAAAUCCAGUACUUUCAAGAGGAUAAUUCCAGAGCAGCUUACCCAGAACUCACGUCACGCGACUUGCACAAUAUUACCGGUGGGAGUAGCUUCCAUGAUCUGUCAAUGCCAACAGCGCCAACUAGAAAGGACGUGAUGGAUCUUUUGUUUACGAACAUUUUGAAAUUAUUGCACUCAAUGGUGGAUGCUGCACCGAAAAAUGUUCUACUUGUUGAGCAGAUUUGGCACUUUUUCACGACUCAUGACCUGCCACUAUCAAAUCUCAUUAGUCGCUCUGUGAUUGAAAGGGACGAACCCAACGUGGGAUGUUCCCUUACCCUAGCCUUGCUAGCAAAGAUUGCCAAACAUCUUCCAGCCGUGGCCUUUAGCGGGCGGACAAGUGUCAUGGCAAGAGUGUACGACAUCCUUAAACUGCACGCCAAGCACCCAACGUAUUCCGAUUUUAGAAUCAGGACAGUUCGGCAAACCUUUCAACUGAUGCACAAUUACUCUCACAACACUGAUGCAACUCGCGAGCUUAAGAGUCAAGGCAAUUCUCAUCGAUUUCGACCAAUUGUCAACAACGAACUUGCCUACGAUCUUCUCGAGUCCAACCCAGAAGAGGAAGUAACAUUAGGAGUUAUUACCAAAAUAAUAUCGGACAUUGCUGCAACGAUUGUAAAUUGGAAUGUCAGUGGUGGAGGCAAUAAAACCAAGUGGGAUUCCAUGACUUCAAUCUUGGAAAUUGGGCUGGACAUGGUACACGAACAUGUCGAAUUGUUCCUCACUGACAGCAAGUACAAAGCGUCCUCUAAGAAAUUUGUUGAAGACUUUAUUCCAACCUUGGAUAACAGGCUGGUUAAAUAUACAUCGGAUGCAGCAAAGAUUAUUGAGAAAGGUGAAUUCACUGCAAUGCUCCUGUUGAGGAUUCGUCGACUAGUUCAUGCCCCCUCCAAAAAUUAGCAGACUUGAUUUCUAAACUACCACAAUUUUUAUAACUUUCUUGUAUAAUAAAUUUAAAUUGUACUGAUUAUUUAUCACAGUCAAAAACGACGACAAAUGAAUGUUUAUAUGGCUAUUAUUAUCAAUAAAGUAUUUAUUAGGU